AUGGUGAAUAAAUCUUCCGUUGCCUUGCUUGUCCUCUUAGGAAUUGGAUUCUCUUCAGCUUCUUCCGUAUUUUCUCCUAAGGAUACUCCACAAUUUCUUCCUAAAAUCCAGGCUGAAUCAAGCCAAUUUAAAGAAAUUUAUAAGUCAGCUCGGAUUCAUAUAGAAAUUAAUUCCAUGCCUGGAGGCAUGGAUGAUUUAUUGGAAGAUUUAGAAGACUCAGCCUAUAAAGCAUCAGAAAUUUUAAAGCAAGUCUUAUUUGUAAAGCCUCAAACUCAGCCUCUUAAACUUGGCGAGGAAAAUCUUUGCAAGGAUAUUCAGCUCGAAAAUUACAUGAAGCAUGAAGGAAUUGAAGCAGACUUAGCAGUAUUUUUCUCUUUAAGCAACAAUUUCAUACAAAAUUCUACCAGCUUUAAGGUCUGUGAGGUCUCUAAUGAUAAUCAGCUUAAAAGCAUUGAAAUUAAGGUUGAUCAAAAAAUAUACAAAGCACUCAAUGAAGACAAAAAAGUUAGUUUGCUAAAUAAAGCGAUCAUUAGUGCUAUUUUUAAUAGAGAAAGUGAGAAAUAUGCCAAAGAGAUAGAAGAAAGCUUAGAUAGUCUGGAAUACCAGCCACUUCUUUCUACUUGUCCGCAGAAUUGCGCUACUUGCUCGACAGAGAACUCUUGCAUUACAUGUUCUGAUCCUGUUCAUAUGUCAUCUGCGCCAUCUUGUGUCUGCCCAGCUAAUGGAUUUUUAGGAUAUCUUAACUUAUGCUAUUGCAACACAGGCUACUAUUUUAGCUCAAAUACUGUCUGCUCAGCAUGUGCCGUCCAAUGCUCACUAUGUUCUAAUUCUAAUACAAACUGUGAGUUAUGCGUUGACGAUAUCCAUAUGAGCGCUCCUCCAACAUGCAGCUGCCCUGGAAACUCAGCUCUUAUUCAAGGUAAUUGUGUUUGCAAUCCUGGCUAUUUUUUUAGUCCCUAUGACAACCACGGUUGUGCUGCAUGUUAUUCAAGUUGCAUGACUUGCGCCAUAAAUACAACUAAUUGUUUGACAUGCUCUGAUCCAAAUCAUAUGACAGCUGCUCCAGAAUGUGCAUGCCCAGCAAAUGCAGCUCUUUAUGGAUAUUUUUGUGUUUGCAACAAUGGAUACUACUAUAGUUCAACUACUGUAUGUUCUCAAUGCAGUCCUCAAUGUGCUACUUGUACAGUAGCUAGUGACGUAUGCUCUUCAUGCACUGACCAAACUCACAGCUUAGGCCCUCCUAACUGUGCCUGCCCUGCUUUUUCAACAUUUACUGGAGGUGCAUGUGUGUGUAACCAAGGCUAUUAUUAUUCUUCAAAUACUGUCUGUUCUUCUCUUUGUCCUAGUAACUGUGCCACUUGUAACGCUGAGUAUAACUGCACAACCUGCAUUGAUGCAGUCCAUAUGUCAGCAGCCCCUACAUGUGCUUGUCCAUCUAACUCAGUCCUCACCAAUAAUAUAUGUACUUGCAAUGCUGGGUUUUUCUACAGUUCUGGGACAGCGACGACCUGUACUGCUUGUAGUACUAACUGUGCGACCUGUUCCAAUACAGCUGGGAACUGUUUGACUUGUACUGAUACCACUCAUAUGACAGCUGCUCCUGCUUGUGCUUGUCCAGCAAACUCUGUCAACGCUAGUGGACACUGCGCUUGCAAUGAUGGAUACUAUUUCUCUGCUAAUGGUCAAUGCAGUGCUUGUGCUCCUCAGUGUUCUACCUGUUAUGUGUCAGACUCUACCUGUAUUUCUUGCGUUGAUUCUGUCCAUAUGAGAAAUCCUCCAAAAUGCUCCUGUCCAAAAUUUUCAAAUGUGGUUGCUGGAACUUGCACUUGUAACACAGGCUAUUACUUCAGCUCAAAUAGUGAAUGUUCUGCUUGUGCUCCACAAUGCGCUAGCUGCUCUAGCACUCAAAUAAAUUGUGGAUCUUGCGCAGAUACUACUCAUAUGACUGCCGCCCCAGCUUGUGCUUGUCCUACAAAUGGAAGUUUGGCAGGCACGCUAUGUGUCUGUAAUACCGGCUAUUAUUUUAGCUCUAAUACUAUUUGUUCUGCUUGUCAGUCUAACUGUGCAACUUGUAGCAGUAAUUCAUAUGCUUGCCUUGUCUGCACUGAUCCAAUUCAUAUGUCAGCUGCUCCUAAUUGUGCAUGUCCUAACAAUUCAGCUCUGAUCGGGACUACUUGUGUUUGUAAUACUGGGUACUUUUAUAGCUCAAAUACUGUAUGCUCAGCAUGCCAGAAUAAUUGUCAAAGUUGUUCUGGUUCAUCAUCAAACUGUCUCACCUGUAUUGACUCGGUCCAUAUGUCAGCUGCCCCUUCAUGUGCUUGUCCUGCUAACUCAAGUCUGAAUGGAAAUAUUUGCCAAUGCAACCCUGGCUACAAUUACAAUAGCUCUAAAACCUGCUCAGCUUGCAACAGCAAUUGUGCUACAUGUGAUACAAAUCCGAAUACCUGCGAUACUUGUAUCGACCCAAUUCAUAUGUCAGCAGCUCCUGCCUGCCAAUGUCCUACUUAUUCUACUUUGACUACUGGCUCUUGUGUCUGCAACCCUGGCUACUAUUACAGCUCAGCUACUACUUGUUCACCUAUUUCGCAGUGUCCUCCUCAAUGUGCCCAAUGCUCUUCAAAUAACUUUUGCACUGCAUGUAAUGAUCCUGCGAAUAUGUAUUUGAAUACUGUCACAGGCACAUGCAGAUGCUGGGAUCCAUAUGCUUCUUUUAAUCAGACAGCUGGAACUUGCCAAUGCAUCCAAGGGUAUUAUAUGUCAAGUUUAGGAGUAUGCCAGAUGUGUUCGCCCCCAUGUGCUCAGUGCUCGAGUUCAGCUACCUUUUGCACAGAGUGUGAUGAUCUUGCUAAUAUGAAUUUAAAUGCAAUCACAGGAUUUUGUCUGUGUAAAGACUCUGAUUCUCAAUUUAAUCCAUGGGUUAAAGCUUGCCAAACUAACUCAAGCUGCAAUUGUACUCACUGCGAAACAAUUAUAUACAACAAUAUAACCAAUAUCACUAAUAUCUACACCUAA